UUUUCUUUAAUAUCUGUAUAUAGUUAAAUUUCUAAAAAUGGAAGUCUCAUCAUCAUCAUCUUCAUCAUGUUCACCACCGCUAUCUUUACACAGAAUAGAUUUCGGCCCACCAAUUCAAGCCCGACCCAUGACCCGUUUUCAAUCAAGACCCACAACCCGAAUCUCAUCAACUUCAUCUUCAUACUUUGGUGUAUCUAUAUUAUGUCCCCACAAAAACUUAAAACCAAGAAACAAGAUUUCCAUAUCAAGAAAGAAACUUUAUCAGAUAGUAGCAGCUGGGGUGUUUGAAAGAUUUACAGAAAGAUCAAUAAAAGCAGUUAUGUAUUCACAAAAAGAAGCAAAAGCUUUGGGCAAAGAUAUGGUGUUUACACAGCAUCUUUUGUUGGGUUUGAUUGCUGAAGAUAAGUCUGUUGGUGGGUUUCUUGAAUCUGGAAUUGGUAUUGAAGAUGCUCGGAUUGCGGUUAAAAGCAUUUGGAAUGAUGAUGAUGAGAAAAAGGAUGGUGAAACAGGUGUGGCAUCGUCGUCUGCGGCGACAGAUGUGGCGUUUUCGAAUAGUACGAAAAGGGUGUUUGAAGCUGCAGUUGAGUAUUCAAGAAGUAUGGGGUAUAAGUUUAUUGCUCCUGAACAUAUUGCUAUUGGUUUGCUUACUGUUGAUGAUGGCAGUGCUACUACUGUUCUUCAAAAAUUGGGAGCGAAUUUGAAUCAUUUAGCUGAUGUGGCGGUUUCCAGAUUGCAAGGAGAACUUGCAAAAGACGGGAGAGAACCUCCUGCUUCUAGGCAAAUGUUAAAAAAGUCAUCUUUUGGUAAAGCAUCCGGCAGGCCCCAGGAUCAAGAAAAAGGGAAGAAGGCUUUAGAUCAAUUUUGUGUGGAUCUUACAGCAAAUGCUAGCAAUGGGCUCAUUGAUCCUGUUAUUGGCCGAGAUGCUGAAGUUGAAAGAAUUGUUCAGAUACUUUGCAGAAGAACUAAGAACAAUCCAAUUCUCCUCGGUCAAGCUGGGGUUGGAAAAACAGCUAUUGCAGAAGGGUUGGCGAUGCGUAUUUCAGAUUCAGAUGUCCCCGUGUUUCUCUUGACGAAACGAGUUAUGUCAUUGGAUAUAGGUUUGUUAAUUUCUGGGGCGAAAGAGAGGGGGGAACUAGAGGGACGUGUGACUUCUCUAAUUAGGGAGGUGAAGGAGUCAGGCAAUGUAAUUCUUUUCAUUGAUGAAGUACAUACACUUAUUGGGUCCGGCACUGUUGGAAGAGGUAACAAGGGAUCCGGACUUGACAUCGGUAAUCUUUUGAAGCCGUCUCUUGGGAGGGGUGAAUUACAGUGUAUUGCAUCUACAACUAUGGAUGAGUACAGAUUGCAUUUUGACAAGGAUCAAGCAUUGGCACGUAGAUUCCAGCCCGUCUUAAUCGAAGAACCAAAACAGGAGGAUGCAGUAAGGAUUCUGAUGGGGCUGCAGGAAAAAUAUGAGGCUCAUCACAAAUGUAAAUACACAUUGGAGGCCCUAAAUGCUGCUGUGUACCUUUCAGCAAGAUACAUUCCUGACAGAUAUCUUCCCGACAAAGCCAUUGAUCUGAUUGACGAAGCAGGCAGUAGAGCGAGAAUGGAAUCAUUCAAAAAGAAAAAAGAACAACAAGUAGACAUACUUUCUAAGUCACCCAUUGAUUAUUGGCAAGAAAUUAAAGCUGUCCAGGCUAUGCAUAAUGUGGUUUUGGCAAGCAAACAUAGCAAUCUUGUUGACGUACAGCAGUCGGAUGAUGAGACUGCUUUGACUUCCGCAUCUGAUGACCAGGAACCUACAAUAGUGGGAGCUGGUGAAAUAGCUGCAGUUGCUUCACUAUGGUCUGGGAUUCCAGUUCAGCAGUUGACUGCUGAUGAAAGAAUGCUAUUGGUGGGACUUGAUGAACGAUUGAAGGAACGGGUUUGUGGUCAAGAUGAAGCUGUGGAUGCCAUCUGCCGUGCUGUUAAGAGAUCACGUGUAGGUUUAAAAGAUCCUGACCGACCGAUUGCAGCCAUGCUUUUCUGUGGGCCCACAGGAGUUGGUAAAACUGAACUCACAAAAGCUCUAGCAUCAACCUACUUUGGCUCGGAAGGUGCCAUGCUAAGAUUAGACAUGAGUGAAUACAUGGAGCGACAUACAGUCAGCAAGCUAAUUGGGUCACCACCAGGUUAUGUAGGCUAUGGUGAAGGUGGCACACUUACUGAAGCCAUCCGCAAACGCCCUUUUACGGUAGUGCUUCUUGAUGAAAUAGAGAAGGCUCAUCCUGAUAUUUUCAACAUUCUCCUCCAAAUAUUUGAAGAUGGUCACCUCACAGAUUCUCAGGGUCGUAGAGUAUCAUUCAAGAAUGCAUUAGUGGUAAUGACUUCUAAUGUGGGAUCCACGGCUAUUGCCAAGGGUAGACAGAACUCUAUUGGUUUCAUGCUUGCUGAGGAUGAGUCAUCUUCUUCUUAUGCUGGAUUGAAAUCUUUGGUAAUGGAAGAACUCAAGGCUUAUUUCCGCCCUGAGUUGCUGAACAGGAUAGACGAAGUUGUCGUCUUCCGUGCUCUUGAAAAGACUCAGAUGCUGGAGAUUUUAAAUAUGAUGCUCGAAGAGGUGAAAAAGAGGCUUGUUUCAUUUGGAAUUAACUUAGAGGUGUCUACACCAGUAAUGGAGCUUAUAUGUGAACAAGGUUUUGAUAGGAGUUAUGGUGCAAGACCGCUUCGAAGGGCACUCACUCUCAUAGUUGAAGAUCCUCUAAGUGAAUCACUUCUUAGUGGAGAGUUUAAGCAUGGUGACACUGCUAUUAUCGAGCUUGAUGGGUCAGGAAAUCCUGUGGUCACUAAUAAAUCUCGCCGGAAUAUCUACUUGUCUGACACAUCAACAUUGUCAUAGGUAAAUAAUUGUUGAAAACUAAUUAUUACUAUUAUGACCGAGAGGCGUUUAAUGUACAAAGUGAUUCAUAUAGAUGAUGUAUAAGUGUAUAUAUUAGAGGAAAGUGUAUACAUAUAGGUUUAGAGAUCCCCAAAUUCUAUUCUUUUUCAAUGUUGUAUAACAGAGAGAUCUCUCAUUCAAGAUUCAAUAAACUACUAUUUUUUAUUCCA